AACAAGGAAUUUUCAUCAUCGAAAUCAUGAGUAGUGAUGCGCCACCACCAAGGCGUCGCCCGACCAGAGUGGAAAAGCUACAACACAAAAUAUGGAUGCUCGAAGAAUUGAACAAACGCCAAGUAGAAAUUAUUGAAGAGCUACGAAGUCGGCCACAGAUUGCCUCGGAUGAGGCAAUGGAGUAUAAAAGACAAGCAGAAAUGUACAAAAAAUUCUACAUAAAAGCAGUGGAGGAAAGAGAGGAGUUCAGGGAAUAUCUUCUGGAGUACUUCUCCCCGUCGUCCACCUCGCAUGCUCCUGAUGGGGAAGAUGAUCCUCCAGGUGAUUGCACCAGAGAUAACUCCCCCCCGCUGCUCAAUGAUACUGCUCCUGAUGGGGAUGAUGAUCCUGCAGGUGAUUGCACCAGAGAUAACUCCCCCCCGCUGCUCAAUGAUGCUGCUCCUGAAACUCGUGAAAACUCGUAGAAAACUCGAUCCAGUAUGCGUGAUUCCUGGUCGUCGUUAUCAAAAAGAGUUCAAUCAAAAAAAGUUGUUAUGUCUAGAUCAUAGGUGUUGGCUCGUGCCAGGUGCGGCUGCUUUCUUCUGAGAAUUUAGCCCAUCUCACGCCGCCUUCUUCACGUCAUACAUUUCAUUAAUUAUUGGGAUUCAACAAUGCAAUGCAAUGAUGCAGUUGUCCCGUUCUCGACAGGAUUACAAUCAACGAAUUAUACACGAAUUAAGCUUUAACAGGAUUGCUAAGAAAUGCAUACAAUGAUCUUCUAUUCGUCGUGUGUAAUAAAAGUAAGAAGAGCCACCG